GUGUCAUCCGAUUGCUGAAUGAAAUCAAGCAAUAGGGUCGGCAGAAUGCCACCAUGAUGCAAAGUCUGCUCAAUACUCGAGGCCAGAGUGUUGAGGCAGACACCAUGGACAUGGGAGAAGAGGCUUACCUGCCAGUCUCCAACAUCACUGAGCUGGAGCAGCUGAAUGAGCAGCUGAAGGCGAAGCCAUUCAAAAAGAAACUUAUUAAAUCUCUUGGUACGCUCGGUGGAACGACCGAAAAAGAAGUAGUUGCUCGGAUACUCAAAGCGAUGCUUGAAGACGAACUCGCCACCAAUUUGAAUUGGAAAGGGAUGGGACAAAAAGUCGGCAUUUCCAAAAUGGACAUUGCAGACGUUAUAUUGCGUGCCACUAGAAGAUCAUGGGAAUCUGCCACAAAUACUUCUACUGAAGAUCUUAUAAAGAAGUGGCUGAGAUACAGCAGUGACAGGUCUGGAGGACGCCGAAAGAGAGAAGAAAAAAAGAAAGCAGCUGCAUUAAUUGAGAUUGAGGAAGGCAACGAACCAAACAACGAAAGCGACGUGGGUGCAGAUGAAGAGGACAGUGAUUGACUGAUGUACCCGUGAUACCACUCUCACCCCCUUCCUCUUGACUCGUGAACUUUUUUAAAACUCUGCUGGCUGGAGGAGGAAAAAAUCUACUGAACUUGUUUUUUUCUUUUGGCCCCAGCAGUUAGAGUUAUAAGCUACUGCUCAUCAACUAUCAAUCGGUUUUAUGAGUAUGAGACAGUUUCAUUCUUUUGGUCAUCCAGCAGAUAUGAUUGGACAAAGCUUAUGGAAUGCAUGCUUAUUUAUGUUCAAAAUGAGAGAACUACUUAUGAAUACGUUUGCAUACACUGUGAGGAACCAUUCAACAUUUUCCCUUUUCCCCUCUAUAUACAUCAGUAUACUUUAUACAUGUUUAACGUGAAAAAAUUGUAAUAAUACAACUUUGAGUUUAGUUAGCUACUAAGGGGAUAAUAUUUUACUUUAAUGCUUAGACCACCUAAAUUAGGUAAGUGUCGUACUAUGGAGACUUUGGACUUUCAUUUUUAAGACGAAAUAGUUGAAAUGUGAAACUUGUCACAUAUGUACGUUGUUGCACAUAAAAUUGCUAAACAGUGUGUUAUCUAGUGCAUGUUCUAAGUUCCAAAUACAUUGUACGAUACAUCCAAGGUCUUAAUUGCGUAGUUGCCUGCGGACUUCACCGCCAAUAAUUGGCCAGGCCAUUUCCGCCACAUUGUCCUGUACGACAUGAGAAUGAAUAGUUUUUGCCAAGGUUUUGUUUGGGGGUCUACACUUUUUGUAAAUAUGGAUUCUCUCAAAUUUGUUGGCAUUUACGUCAUUCUUCUUUUAUUUUAACAACGUCAACCUUUUCCCGUACGACAUACAGUUAAUAGCCAAUUAUUCACGCCCCUUGUAUACAUUUUAUGUAUUUUUGGUGUGUUUUUCGUAACUCAAGAAUAAAAGGUGGACUGGGUGAAUUCGGAUAUUUGCUGAAUACUGUUAGAUGCAAGCUUUAAUAUUUCAAAUUCUCAAGAGUCUUAAAUCACGACAAAUCAAAUUUUCAAAUACUUAAAAGUAAAAAUAAAAUUGCCGAGGGUAUGAAUAAUUUAGUUGUUGAUUUUAUUUCGUGUUGUACGGGCCUGGCAUGUCCCAUAUUGUCAACGAAUACAUUUAUUGCUUCAUCCCAACUAUAAACACAAAGUUAUGCAGGAUUUACUGAUAUACUAUGCAUAGUAAGUUUGUAACCCUGUAAAAUGAGGUCUCAACAAGUAUUUGUACCAGUAGAUUAAUAUAAUGCACAUGCUUAAAGGGGAACUAAUCCUAUUGAAUUUUAUUUGACAAAUAGAUGUACUUGAUGAUAGAUUGAAGAAGGGCUCAACUACAAUGCAGUUGUUUAUGAGUGAAAUUUAAAGAAAUUUUGGGAAUUGUAAUUUUUUCAUCGAGAUUUGUUUUUCUCUCUUUCAUGAAGUAUCACACAAGAAUCAGUGCAAAUUACAUUGAAACGUCUCUCCUGCAAUUUUGACUUGAACUGUGUAAUACUAAACUACAUGUAUAAUCUUUUGUUGGUGGAGAAUCCAUUAAACAAAAUGGUACAUCAAAUUGAAAAUACGAUUAACACACCACUUUGCCACAUAUUAUGUAAGAUAACAUCUAAUUCCUUAGGCGAAACAAAGUAUUUUCUUAAGACCAUUUAUCUCUUCACAUCAAAUUGGAUCUUUGAACCCAUAAUGCUGUAGGCAUCUUUAUUUUGUGACGAAUGUCAUGCCACUAAAUUCAGCAUGGCAUCUCAUUCAGGAUGACAUUGAUUAAAAUAUGAAGAGUAGAUGCCUGGGGCUUUGCUCGCCAGUAAGAAUCGACUGCACGACAUACAGUGAUUUCAGUGAUUAAGACAUGUACAGUGUAGGCCUACAUUAAAAAAGAAACAAAACUUACACCUAAAUUAUACUUCAAUGCUAUUCUUGAAACAGCUUGAACAUGUAUUACAUUUAUUUAUUGGAAUUUAGUGUAAACAAAAACGAUCAUGAAUCCAUGUACCUACCAAGAUGUCCAUAAUUUUCGUGUACAUGUAUUUAGUACAGCUUCUGAAGGGGUUAAAGAGAAGGUUGAGUUCUGGGAAGAGGUGAAAAAUAAUUUGUGAGCAUUACUCAUUCUUAUU